AUGAGUUCCGAUAGAGAUGUUGUAUCGAAAGACCGUUCUAGACGACGAAGUGCGGAGAGGCAUCGCGAUAGAAGAGGAGAGCGGGACGUGCACAGGGAAGAAAAAUAUAGCGAAAAUCGAAAUAAACGGCAGUCUGAUUCUAAGCGACGUCGAGUUUCGUCCCCAGAUUACCCUGCAAAUGUGAAGCGGGAAAACGUGAGUGAUGAUGAGAUGAAGCAAAGCCGAAGUAGACAUCCGCGUUCGAGUAGAGACAAAAAACCUUCGCAAGUGAAAGUCGAGCGAGAGUUCAAACGUGAGAAUGAUGAAUCACCCAAAGAAUACGGUCGGGCUUCCGCGGAUGAACCAGUGGAAGAUAAAAAGAAACCCGAUUUCGGUUUAUCGGGUAAGCUGGCGGAAGACACAAAUACUUUUCGAGGCGUCGUCAUAAAAUAUUCGGAGCCUCCGGAAGCAAGAAAACCGACACGCAAUUGGCGACUCUACGUUUUCAAGGAGACAGAAUCCCUGCCGCACAUAGAAAUCCAUCGACAAAGUGCGUUCCUUCUCGGACGCGAUCGUAAAGUUGCCGACAUCCCGAUCGACCAUCCAUCUUGUUCUAAGCAACACGCCGCCAUUCAAUACCGCGUUAUACCGUUCACACGUGCGGACGGUAGCACAGGCCGAAGGGUUCGACCUUACAUCAUGGAUUUGGAGUCUGCCAACGGAACUUUCGUAAAUAAUAAGAAAAUACCUCCGAAGUGUUAUGUUGAACUGCUGGAGAAGGACGUCAUAAAGUUUGGUUUCAGUUCUCGAGAAUAUGUUUUGCUCCAUGCGGAUAGUGCUGAUAGUGAUGAAGAACCUGCUCCAUAG